AUGGCUGAAGCGGGCUUUUUCCACAUUCCUUCGAAAAGCGACCCGGACGCCGUGAGAUGCUUCGUCUGCGCAAAAGAUCUGGACAGUUGGUGCCCGGAAGAUGACCCCUGGAGCGAACAUCUGAAGCACAGUGAAAUGUGUCCGUUUGCUCAGUUUCAGAAGCGUCAAACACAACUGACUUGUAGGCAAUGGCUCAGUAUUAUGCAGUUGAAACAGAAAGCACUGUGGAAGGAAACAAUCGACCAAAAAAUAUCAGAACUCGCCAUGCAGUUCGAAGCUACGCCACAGCAGAUUUUUAAGCGAGCCGAUGAAUCUGAUGAUGCAUUGUCUUAA